AUGGCAAGAAGAUACGAUCAAAGAACAACUAUUUUCUCACCAGAAGGUAGAAUUUAUCAAGUAGAGUAUGCUAUGGCAGCUAUUCGUCAUGCUGGUGCAACUGUUGGUAUUUUAGCUUCAGAUGGUAUUGUAUUGGCAGCAGAGAAAAAGACUAUUGCCAAGUUGCUCGACUCUUCAAAGACACAAGCUGAAAAGAUGUUCAAGAUUGACGAUCACGUAGUCUGUGCUGUUGCAGGUAUCACAUCCGACGCAAAUAUACUUAUCAAUCACGCUAGAUUGUCAUCACAGCGUUAUUUCUACACCUAUCAAGAACCAAUGCCAGUCGAACAACUCGUAUCUCAAAUAUGUGACACCAAACAAGGUUACACUCAAUAUGGUGGUCUUCGUCCAUUUGGUGUCUCAUUCCUCUAUGCCGGUUGGGACUCUCAAUUUGGUUUCCAACUCUACCAAUCCGAUCCAUCUGGUAAUUUUGCUGGUUGGAAGGCUACCUCUAUCGGUGGUGAAAAUAGUCAAGUUGCACAAUCAGUAUUGAGAUCAAGUUAUAAACCAGAUAUGCAAUUAAAAGAAGCUUUAGAGUUGGCAUUAAAGGUACUCACCAAGACUAUGGAUCGUUCAAAUAUCAACUCUGAAAAAUUAGAAUUCUCUUAUAUCACUCGUAAAGAUGGAAAGUUGGUAUACCACCUUUUCGAUGCCAAGGAAUUGGAUGAUUUCAUCAAGGCCACCGAUCUUGGUCAAGAAUCUGAUGACCAAUAA